GGCACAUGGAGGUGGCGGUUGCUAGGUGAUGUAGAGAGAUGGCGAGAAAACUGUCGAGCUAAUAGCUAACAUUUAUUCUUUGUUGUGUUGAGAAAAACCGCUUUUAUGUAACCCAGGCAGAUAUAUUUCAUGUAUAGGCUUGAAGAAAGCGUUGGCAAACAAAGCACCUUUGCAUGCUGCUGUGAGUUUCUGGCCGGAGACAGUCGGAUGCUGCGCAGCCAGGGCAUGCUGAAGAGCCGCUGUUGCGUCCUGCUCGGUGACCUGAGGGUGCUCCUGCUCGGGCCACCGGCGCCGCCGACACCGCUGCCUCCGCUGACCCCCAUGAGCGGCCAAACUACGGAAAGCCAUGAGACAGGCGUCACCGUCCCCGAAAACAACAACACGUUAACGCGGAGCCACCAGCAGCACGCAGGGGAACGGGUUGCCCCACCUGCAGCAGGAGCCACCGGGCAACCGGGCGGAGAGCGAACGGCCUGGGUCGAUGCUGCAGAGCUGUCGGCGGCCCUGCGCGGCUGCAGCAGCUCCUCUGAUGACUGCUCAAAGGGCAAACUGGAGGAGAGGUUCUCCCUCACCAGCUACACGGAAAGUGGCUUCAGGACGCCUGUGUGCAGGAUCUGCUUCCAGGGACCAGAGCACGGGGAGCUCCUGAGCCCGUGUCGGUGCAGUGGGUCAGUACGCUGCACCCACCAGCCCUGCCUCAUCAAGUGGAUCAGCGAGAGAGGAUCCUGGGCCUGUGAGCUGUGCUACUACAAAUAUCAGGUCAUUGCCAUCAGCACCAAGAACCCACUACAGUGGCAGGCCAUCUCUCUGACUGUGAUAGAGAAAGUGCAGAUAGCAGCGGCCAUCUUGGGCUCCCUGUUCCUGAUGGCCAGUAUCUCCUGGCUGGUGUGGUCGUCCUUCAGCCCGUCAGCCCGCUGGCAGCGUCAAGAUCUGCUUUUCCAGAUCUGUUACGGCAUGUACGGCUUCAUGGACGUCGUCUGCAUAGCACUAAUUGUCCACGAGGGACCAUCUGUGUUUCGUAUCUUCCACCGCUGGCAGGCCGUGAACCAGCAGUGGAAGGUCCUGAACUAUGAUAAGUCAAUGGACAGCGAUGACCUGAAGAACACCUCUGUGGACAGGACUCUGUCUCAGCCCAGCCCGGGCUAUCAGACUGGGAUAGGAGUGUCCACCUCCACCUCUUCGCUGAUGGUGGUAGCCUCCACAGCCGCCGGCUCCACUUCUACGACCGUGGUGACGGCCGCAGGAGGACUGGGGACACAUGUGGACCCCAACAUCGGCAGCACAGUGCCAGACCAACACUCUCCCUACAACAUCCUCCACCUGCUCAGCCAACUGAGGCAGCCGGAGCCCCGCAGCCAACCCAGCAAUAGCACACGAGAGCUGGUCAUGAGAGUCACUACAGUCUGAGGAGUCAGUUGAGGCCUUAUCUCACACAGAGGUGACAGAUUUAUGAACCAGCUGACAGUUGAAAAAAAAAAAGUCUUAUCUUAACUGCACUGGAUUAAUACCAUGUUGUUGUUUGUUUCAAAAUGCAUCUCUGAUGUCCUUACAUGGAUUGAAUAAAAGUCAAAGUUGUUUGAUUUGCAGAA